AUGCGCGUUGAAGAGGGAUACCAACCGGUGCCAUACAUCGAGGGCAAUCCAUAUGCCGCAGAUCCUGUCCUUCCCAGUCUCUUAAAGCGUCUGUUCCCUUCCAAGGUAUUGGAAGAAGUUGAGGGCGAUUUAGAGCGUUUCGGAAACGUUGUGUUGACCGAAUUGAGGGCUUUAACCGGUGUUUCGCACCCUCCACGAGUCGUUCAGUACAACCAAUGGGGCCAACGCGUCGAUGAUCUCCAAGCCUCCGAGGGAUGGCGUGCGCUGAAGAGUGCUGCUCAUCGCGAGGGAAUGGUCGGUAUAUUCUACGAACGAAAAUUCCGCGAACAUAGCCGUGUAUACGGUUUUGCGAAGAUGCUGCUUGCCGUUGGUGACACGCAAGUGAUAUUUUGUCCCAUAAGCAUGACGGAUGGUGCUGCCAGAGUGAUCGAGCUCAUUGGAACCCCCGAGAUGAAGCGAGACAUAUAUCCUCGUCUUAUCAGCCGCGAUCCAUCCUUCGCGUUCACAGCUGGACAAUGGAUGACAGAGCGACCUGGAGGUUCAGAUGUUUCGCGCACUGAAACCAUUGCGAUGCCCAUCACAGGCCCUGGCACUCCAUAUGGCCCUAAUUACAGACUUGAUGGAUUCAAAUGGUUUUCGAGUGCGACAGAUAGUGACGUAUCGCUCGUGCUCGCACGCACAGGCAUGCCGGAGGACGGAUCGCGAGCUCUUUCACUCUUCCUCGUGCCCCUUCGUUAUCCAUUACUCCGUGAGCCCAGCGCACCCCGCCCCUCUGCCACGAGCAACAACAUCUUCAUACACCGCCUUAAAAACAAGGUUGGGACCCAGCUUGUGCCUACAGCCGAGCUUUCUCUCGCCGGAGCCGAAGGGUUUCUUCUUGGCAAACUCAGUGAAGGCGUGAGGCUCAUCACUCCCGUCCUGAAUAUCACGCGUGUGCACUCUUCGCUGUCUUCCAUUGGAAACCUACGCAAAUGUAUCGCCAUCGCCACAGCAUACUCCACCGUCCGGAAGAUCAAGAGUGGGACCCAACCACUCAGCGACCAGCCGCUGCAUGUAGCAGAGCUCGCUAAGGUCAGCGUCCUUUAUAGGGCGCUGGUGCAUUUCGUCUUUGGUGCGAUUGUUCUACUGGGAAAGACAGAGUGCGGUGUGGCAACUCAGGAGGAAGAGCUUCGUUUGAGACUUCUGACGCCUGCGAUUAAAGCCUUCGCCGCUGACAAGGCUUGUGCAGCAAUGGAAGAAUGCAUGACAGCUCUCGGUGGCGAAGGAUACAUGGUUGAAAACGGGUUUGGGACGUGCAUACAGGACGCCCUCGUCGAGAAAAUCUGGGAAGGGACGAUCACCGUUCUUUCCCUAGACCUUGUCAGAGCCGCAUCGAAGUCGAAGGCUUUAGACGCCUUCCUCGUGUGGGCAAGGACUAUUCUGUCGUCGUGCCCUGCCUCGCUGCGCGGAAAGCUACGUGAGCCCCUAGAAGCCCUGCACGCAGCCUGCGACGAUCUUUCCCAAACAUACAAAGCACCGAUUGCGCCUUUGGUCCCGCGUCCGGCGUUGUUCCUCUUCAGCCAUAUCGCAUCAAGUCUGUACCUUCUUGAACACGCCAUAUGGGCCCACCAGAAGUCUGAAGUGUCUUCCUCGUCGGACAUUGAGGUAUUCCGACGAUGGGUCGUGGAGGGUGGUCUGAGUCUAGCAGUGGAGAAUGUCCGCCGAGCAAAGACUAGUCCGACUGAUAGGUCCCAGAUGGAUUCGGAGAUCGUUUAUUCACCUAGCACUCAUGCUGCUACCAAGCAAGCGCGUCUGUAA